AUGGCAGCAGCAGCGCCUACCUUUCAUAUCACUACUCCUCCGCCCUUCACACUUGCCGCUCCGAGACACCACUUCGCCACCAAUCUCCGCUCGCUUCACCCCCUACACCUCCGUGGCCGCCUCCGUUACACCACCACCUGCUCUUACAAAGUAGCAAUCGAGCACGAAGGUGAAACGACUGAAUUAGAGGUGGAUCCAGAUGAGACGAUACUGGAAAAGGCGUUAGAUUCGGGAAUGUCCGUACCCCACGAUUGCAAGCUGGGAGUUUGUAUGACUUGUCCGGCGAAACUGCUUAGUGGAAGCGUGGAUCAGAGUGAGGGGAUGUUGAGCGACGAUGUGAUUGAGCGUGGCUACUCGUUGUUGUGUGUAUCGUAUCCCAAAUCGGAUUGUCAUAUCAAAAUCAUCCCUGAAGAAGAGCUCUUGUCUUUGCAAUUAGCUACUGCCGAUGAUUAG